AUGGAUAAUACAGAGCUCCAUAACCUUGACCUCGGUGCACCUAGGUUCCUUGAACUUCAGGUCACCUUAGUUCUUCGACAGCUCUUUGACACCGAACUGCUGAAAUCCACGGCCCUGGCUCUGGUUGCAACGUGGCCAGUCUUGAGCAAACGCAUUAACCUUGCACGCACUGAAUUUCUCCCAAGUCAAGAACCAGAGCUCGAAGGACUUUGGAAGGAAAGAAAACUUGACAAGACCUUCGAUGAAGCAUUUCCGGGCCACAAAGAUGCUGUUGCACAACAUGUAGUUGACUCAACCAUCCUCAAUCAACUUGUAUAUUUCAGUGAGGGACUGAAAGAUCAGUUGUUUCCGCGGGCUUUGACCAUCCGUGUCACCUCGCUCAACGACGCUUGUUUGAUACAUUUCACAGUUCAGCAUCCACUAUGCGAUGCGAAUGGUACUUACCAUAUAAUCAAUGCAUAUUGUGCUCUGCUUCAAGGGAAAACCAUCGAACCCCUGAGACCUCGGCAACCCCUGAAAUUACGCGAGGAAAACAUUCCAAAUUCCCCACCACCACAGACGAAGACUGAAGAGCCAACUGCUGUCAGGCACAAGAUUUUCUUUUCCAACGGAUGGAUUCCCCUACUCAUGGGGGGUGUGAGACAGCGCAUAAAUCAAUGGCGGGGUCCGAAAAGAGUGGAAAGGACCGCCCUUAUACCAAACUUCGUCAUUGACAAAUUAGCAAAAGACGCAGAAGCAGCGGGAAUCCGAGUUACUAAACAUGACUUGCUCAUGGCAUGGAUAUAUAAAUGCACCAUGCCAGAGAUGUCACAACUCGCUGCGAAAAAAGCGGCCGGACCACCACAAUUCUCUUUCGUGAUGAAUGUUGGCAGAUUAUUGCAACAGAACGCUGAAUUUCACAAUCUGUGGCUUGUAAUCCCAACCCCAGAUCCGGAGGUAGAGGCGUUGCCGAAAUGCCCUCCAGUGAUCCAAGCCGCAAGUCACAUUCGUGCAGCUAUCGUAGAUGCACGACGACCGGCUCCAGUGCAGCAAAUCAUUGAUCAGCAUUCUAAUGUGCGGAACAGCCCUCUGGGUCCCGUUGACUGGGGUUGCCAGGAGCCAAAUGUUGUGGUUAGCUCGUGGACUAACAUACCGCUCUAUGACCUCGAUUUUGUUUCCGGUGACGGAAUUCACAGUAAGCCAGUGUAUGUCCAGGUUGGAAUAAAAGCGAGGAAGGAUUUUGGAUUCAGGGCUGUUUGGAACAAGGAGCAUGGGAUAGAAUCAGUGACUUCCGAUCCUUUGAGGAGCCUAAUUGAUAGGCUGAAUUUUGGUCAGAUUCUACAAAGACCCAUCGCGUGGAUGGCCAUAGAUCGAAAAUUGAAGUACUAG